AUGAAUAAUAGCAGCAGCAACGAGUGCCUUUUUAUCCCUCUGAAUGCCACCAAGACUUUUAAAAUCCCCGUGUAUUCCAUAAUACUGGUAUUCGGCCUGCCUCUGAAUAUCUUGGCCUUUUGGGCUUUGAUCUACCAAUUAAAGAAAUCCGUGGUCCUUUCUGUUUAUAUUAUGAACCUUGUGGUGGCUCACCUCUUGCAGAUUUUAACCCUGCCUUUCUGGAUGGACUAUAGCCUCAACAAUCACCGCUGGAGCUUGGGAAAAGCAGCGUGUCUCUUCAUCGGCGUGGCUUUCCGUACAAAUUUCUACGCCAAAAACAGUUUUCUGUGUCUCAUCGCCAUGGAGAGGUAUCUCGGCCUUGCGCACCCACUCCGGUUUCACCAGGCGCAGACCAUUCCAGGCGCUGUGAAGAUUAGCAUCCUGGUUUGGCUGGUGCUCUUGACUCUUUGCACCAUUGGGAUUGGGUUGCAGAUGCGUACGUUUGAACCAGGGAAGGCCUGUGUGGACAGCUUCAUCCUGAAUUAUCCUUAUGCAAAGUUUCGGGUCAGCAUCGUGGGUUUUUCUUUCAUUAUCCCGCUCUUUCUCAUGGCUUUUUUCCACAUCAGCGUCCUCUUCAAGCUCAGGCAGGUGGUAUCUCUGGAGAAGAGAGUCAAAACGCAGAUCUCUGGGUUCAUCUCUCUCCUCAUUAUGACCUUCUUCCUCCUCUUCACUCCUUACCAGAUAAUUUCAUGCUAUAGAUACCUGUUGGAAGUCAUGACGCCUUCCACCGCCAUCUGUGACUCUCUGAGAGAGAUCUUCGUUUACGAGCACGCAACGUUGUGCGUUUCUCUGUUGGACAACAUCUUGGAUCCCCUGUUUUAUAACCUCCUUCUCAAAGAUAUUCAAACGGAUUUCAGAAAGUGCCUGCGUUCCAGGACCGGAAGGAAAGGCGUCUCAUUGGAAGCAAGAAUCUCUUCCACGUUUAAGCAUUCUGAAAACACCAGGCCGCUUCCAGAUCUUUAA